UAAAGACGAGAAAUGGUUGGAAAAUAGGAUAACCUAGUGGGUUUAUAUGAAAAUAGCCAAGGCUACUCGCCUUGCUGGUCUGCCAGGCUCUGACUACCCUUAUUGGAGAAUCACCCUGAUCAACCCGCAUCACAUGAUCCGGAUCACGUGCUGUGCACCACCAACAAAAACCAACUAAGCAUACGAUUUGACCGCCGUAGUCCUACCAAUACUCCAUCUGCCCCUCCCAUUCAAAGUCACAACCAUAGCCACCAAUGAACAACCUUCCUAACCACCAGAACAUGCAGGGAGGUAGUGCUGGGCUUAAUUCCAACCCAUCGCAGCCCCCCCAAAACAUGAAUGGAGCCAACGUGAACCGACCCCAACAGGGCCAGCAACGCCAAAUCAACGUCCAUCCCAGCCAGGUGCCUCACCUCGUGCUGGCAUUGAAGAACGAAGUGGCGUUGGCCAAGGCGUCGGCAGAUGAUCCAGCCAAACAGCAGCAGCACUACAGCAAAGCUGAGAACAUUCGCCAGAUCUUGUUGAACUACCAGGCCCAGCAACGGUCGAGAAUGCAGCAACAGCAGAACCAACAGAACCAGCAGGGACAACAGGUCCAGAAUGCGCAGAACCAGCAACAGCAGCCAUUUACCCAGCAGCCUACGGCCUCCAGCGUGCAGUCGCCAAUGCCCAACAACAUGCACCAGCAAAGCCGCCAGGCAUCGAGCCAGGCGACUCCCAUCAUGGGAUCUCCGGGCCUCACAAUGGACCAGAUGCGCCAGUCGCCAGUAAUGCAGCGCCAGUCACCUGUGAUGCAGCAGCAAAUGAGACAGUCGCCACUAAUGCAACAGCAGGCCCCACAGCAGCAGCAGCAGCAGCAGCAGCAGCAGCAGCAGCAACAACAACAACAACAGCAACAGCAGCAACAGCAGCAACAGCAACAACAGAACCAACAACAGGCUCAGCAGCAGUUCCAGCAACAGCAGCUAAGGAAUAAUGCACAAACAGGGCAGGCCAACAUGAGCACCCCUUCAAUCCCACCCAACGCCGUGACGGUCGAACGGUUCAACCAGGUCAAGCAGAGGCUCCAGGAGGUGGGCAGAAAAAUCCAGAUCUUGCAACAAAGCAAGAAGGGGAGCGUCACUCCCGAGCAGAUGACUGCAAUCGAUAAGGAAAUCACCGAAUGGAAGGCCAAGUUCGCCCAGUUCCAACGAGUUGGUAUAAUCAUGAGAAACCAGCUCAUGCAGCAGGUCAAGGCCAACAACCCCAACGGGGCCACGGGUACGGAUGUCGGUAGCUUGGGCUCUGCUCCUGGCUCGCUGGGUGCACAAACACAAAUCCCAGUGCAAGCACAACAAUUCAUGCCUCAGCAGACACCGAAUCAACAACAGCAGAAAAUCAACGGAGUGGCUUCACCAUCGUUGCAGAACAUCGGUGGCCAGCAGCAAAGGCCCGGGUCACAACCUCAGCAACAGCGUCAGCAAUCGGUUCCCCAGGUGACUCAGAUUCAGCAGGUCCAGCAACAAGCACAGAGAAUUCUCCAACAGCAACAACAGCAACAACAGCAACAGAGACAGAACGUGCCUUCUUCGAUGGGAGGCCAGGGUCAGGUGCAACCACCUAUUUCUGCUCCAGCACCAGUGGCACCAGUUUCUGCCCAAGUCAAACAGGCAUCGAUUGCUCCUCCUAGCCAGGGACAGACUCCAGUGGCAUUUGCACCCAGUGCCACCACUCUCUCGGGGUCUCCUCAAGUGCUGGCCAGGCCACUUUCUGCCGUUGGUGUGACAAACGUUGACACCAAAUCAAGCACUCCAGUGGGCAUUAUUUCCAAUGCCACUGCAUCUGUCACCACUGCCAAUGCAUCAGCCGAUACCCCAAACAAGGAGGAUGCAUCGCCACAGAAAUCAGGAACGCCGUCGCUGUCUUUGCGGGCCAAUGAGCCACCUCCAGUCAAUUUAUCCGGCAUCACUAAGCCAAGCGUACCUUCCAUUCCAAUUUCAAGCACUAUCAACGUCAAGCCCCCAGCAUCCGUCACUCUCAAGGUUACUGGUGAUAGCAGACCAUCGCUCACAGGUGGAUCUGCCAACAGUUUGGGUGCUUUCUUGAAUACCCCUGCAAUCACAAAGCUUCCGAUGUUUGAUCUUGCGAGUCGUGGUGGUUCCGGCAGUUUGCCAGAGGCUGGAGGACGCAUGCUUUCCAAGAGAAAGCUUAGUGAAUUGAUCAACACCACAGGAGCAGACGAGGGUGAUGGGAAGACCAACAUCGAUGGAAACGUGGAGGAAUUGUUGCUUGAUUUGGCGGAUGAAUUUAUCAACUCUGUUGCCGGGUUUGCAUGCAGAUUAGCCAAGCAUCGUAAGGUUGACACUAUUGAUGCCAAGGAUGUUCAACUUCACCUCGAGAGAAACUGGAAUAUUAGAAUUCCUGGGUAUGCUAUGGACGAAAUUAGAUCGACUAGAAAGCUUCAGCCUACAUCCAGCUACAAUCAAAAGGUUUCUGGUGUGGAAAUUUCAAAGUCUGUUAACGGAAAUAUUAGCUGAUAAGUGAACUUGAAGAGAGAGCCAAUCUAGGCAAUGGAUUUGGUUACAUGAAUGGUUUUACUUCAUUCAUACUGGUAGAUCAUUGUACAUGUAGAGUACACCGAUAGUUACAGAUAUACAGCCCUGUAUCUGGGGCCUAAAUUGGUUCGAUACUAGAAGAUAAUAUAAAGGAACAU